GCCGACGAUUUGCACGACGCGUGUUUGUUGGGAUUUCAAAGCCAGCGACUUCCUCGACCGCUCGGCCCGCUCAAGCAGUCCCAAGCGGAAGCGGGUUGGACAGCCUAAGCCGUCCAAGGAUGAUGAGUCCCCCUGCCGCAUGCUGAGCUUACUAAG